GCACACACACACACCUCUCUGUCGAAGUCCGCACAAAUGUCCCUUACCGAGUCUUCUGCUAUUGAUAUCGCUAGGACUGCUUCUCUAGCAUCUCGAGGCUUGGCAACUUUAUCUGAUGCCGACCGCAAUGGGGCUUUGACAGCACUACAUGAUGCGUUGUUAAUGCAUAAGGAUUCUAUAUUGGAAGCAAAUGCGAAGGAUGUUGAGAUGGCGAGUCAGGCCGCUGCUAGUGGUAAUCUAAGCCAAAGUGUUCUUAAGAGACUUGACUUGUCACGACCGGGAAAAUACGAUGAUAUGCUGAAGGGCAUACUUGAUGUCCGGGAUUUGCAAGACCCGAUUGGACAUGUGACUCUGAGGACACUUCUUGAUGACGAUCUAGUGCUUGAAAGAGUGAGCUGUCCUAUAGGUGUCCUGUUGAUAAUCUUUGAGGCGCGCCCCGAAGUUAUUGCGAAUAUAGCCGCUUUAUCUAUUAAGUCGGGAAAUGCUGCAAUUCUCAAAGGCGGCAAGGAAUCUACGGAGUCUUUUGUUGCUAUCUCGCAGGUUAUUUCGGACGCCAUAUCGAGUACUCAGGUUCCCAAAUCGUCAGUGCAGCUUGUGAAAACGAGGGAUGUGAUUUCUUCCUUACUAGCCCAAGACUCAUUCAUCGAUCUUGUCAUACCUCGCGGGUCGAAUGACCUCGUUCGAUUCGUAAAGGACAACACAAAGAUCCCUGUUCUCGGACAUGCUGAUGGUCUUUGUUCCGCAUACCUUCAUUUUGAUGCAGAUCCGGAGGUCGCGGUUAAGGUCAUUGUGGACUCAAAGACCGACUAUCCAGCUGCAUGCAAUUCCCUAGAGACAUUACUUGUACACCAAGAUGCUCUUGAGACUAUGUUUCCUACUAUUGCAGAUGCCUUGUUCUCUAAGGGAGUGUCUCUUCGUUGUGACGCACCAGCUAGGGCCGCAUUAAUGAAGACCUUGCCGGCUGCACCGAGUCAUCUGCUCCAGGAUGCUAUCGAAUCGGAUUAUCGCACCGAGUUUUUGGAUCUCAUCCUCGCAGUGAAAACGAUAGCCUCAGCGCCAUCCGGGAGUUCGUCGGUUGAAGCCGCGGUCGCUCACAUCAACUCACACUCCUCUAAGCAUACUGAUAUCAUUUUGACAAGAUCAAAGGACAUUGCGGACAUUUUCAUGAAAGGUGUUGACAGCGCUGGUGUAUUCUGGAAUGCAUCAACAAGAUUCGCAGAUGGGAUGAGGUAUGGAUUUGGCACGGAGGUUGGCAUCAGCACAAAUAAAAUUCAUACCAGAGGACCUGUAGGGUUAGAUGGCUUAACCAUCUACAAGUAUCUGAUCCGGGGUGAUGGUCAUCGGGCAUGUGAUUAUUCUGAAGGAGGUAAAAGAUGGAAACAUCAAAGCCUACCACUUUAG